AUUAAAAGAACAGGGGCCGCUGUUUUGUGGAUAAGUGUAGACAGAGGAGAGCUAACUAUUUUUAAUUUGGCACAGAGCCCGGGGCAAACGGUACCGCGGCGCUUUCCGGCGUCCUCCUCCCCCCCUCUCCUUUUUUUUUUUCCUUCAUUUGUUUUGUGAUGCCGUGGUGCCUCGCUUUACUUCACUCUUCGCGUUGCAGGAGCUUCGUGGCCAAACUCCGCGACGAGACGGGCAGGUAAUGCCUGCGCUUCGGUUGCUCUAAACCGGGUGUCUGUGCGGUGGGCCGGGCGGCCGGUCGGAAGAGAACAGACGCUUUCGUAAACGUGUGAAGUAACUCUGCGCUCGCCGAGCUCGGAACCCCCCUCGCUGGUUACAAUCAUUGUUUCUCUCCAGCAUUAACUACAUUCCAGAGAGGCGCAGCGCACCCCGUCUCCGUCCACGCAUUCCUUCCACAGAAAGCAGUCCCUCUUUCAGUUUCUCCCACCCCGCUGCCUCGGCUCCCGGCCACGGUUCGGCCCAGCGACGCGGGGCGCCUCGGAACCAGCGCCUCAGCGAUUUACUGGCGUCGUCUGGGGGGGGGGGCAGGCUGCGAGCUCCGGGUGGGAAAAGGGGGAAAUGUGCCAGGGAAAAUUCCUCCGCGCAGCGCGCCAUUGACUGUACGGACCCUUCAACUUCGCAAAAGCCUGGAAUUGACAAACGUCGUCUUUUCGGAUGGGGGGGCAGAUUUCUUUUCGGUAAAAAAAAGUGCUUUUUUUUUUUAAAUAUCUCCGAAGGAUCUGGUCGAGCAGCAUGCUAAGAGUACGAGAACGGGAGUUUCCUGGGUGAAACAAGGGCUGAUUGUUGGAUUAAAAAAAAAAGGUUUUUUUUUUGUUGUUGGAAUUUAUAUGUGAAGUGGAAUUUGCUUUCUCUCACUCGGCAGUUCUCAAGCUAACUUGAUCCCCCCCCUCCCGUAGCCACAACCAUGGAUAAGUAUGAGGACGAUGUGGGACACAGAGCGAGUAAGUUGAUAGAGGAUCUUUCUUUGUAUGAAUCUUGCAAGGACGGGAUUUACAGUGGGAGAGCCGACAUGGUCAUCAACCCCGACUUGGAGUUUUCUGCGCGCAGUGAAAGGAUGAAUGGUGAUUCCGUGCCUCACCCCCAGCUACCGGGUUUUGAAAAUUACCCGUCGGGGAGUAAAGUUUACAGCACGGCCCCCCUGAGACCCGUGAAUGGCAACCGAGUGGUCCCGUUGGACUUCUGCAGCCCACAGAGGGACACGGUUUAUGGCGAGGAUGGCCACUGCACCAAAUCCGAAGUUGCCCUGCCGUGCUACCCCGGCGCUUCCGAGCGGCACCGGAGGUACUCUUUGGAGGUGCAGGGGCAUCGGUACAGCACCGGGAGUGCCUAUGACGGAGUGGUGUUGAACAAACAGCCUUUCACCCCCUACCCGGGCAGCCGGGGCAACAGUGUCUGCGUUAGCACCAGUCACGACGGCCGGUACUGUGCCACCAGCCCCCGGUCCAGCCUGCCGUCCUCGCUGCCCUCUCAGGAGCAGUGCAAGCACCCCAGCCCCCGCUCCAGCGUCAGCAGCCCCCGCUCCAGCCUGGUGGUGCCCGGGCAGGACAAGUACACCAGCCCCCGGUGCAGCCUGGUGCAGUACGACGGCGGCAGCGCGCUGAGCUCCCGGUCCAGCUAUGCCAGCACCGCCAGCGACACCAGCAAGCACUCCAGCCCGCGGGCCAGCUUGAACAGCUACGACUGCGGCAGCAAGCCCAGCAGCAACCGCACCAGCGGCGUCAGCAUGGGCUACGACCAAAGACACAUCAGCCCGCGGUCCAGCACGGCCAGUCAGUACUCCUGCACCACCAGCCCGCGGUCCAGCUACUCCGACUCGCGGUACGUGCCGGCGGGGAACCCGGAGCACGAGGGCGCCGUGGUCCACGGCGUGCCGCUGGCCAGCCCCCGGUCCAGCAUCUGCAGCCAGGACGGCAGCGGCAGAGCCGGGGUGUCCAACUGCGUGGCCAGCCCCCGGUCCAGCAUCUCCAGCCACAGCUCCCGGAGUUCGCGCAGUUCCCGGGGCUCCAUGAGCACCUACCCGGACCUCCAGCUGCCCUCGCCCCGGUCGUCCAUGCUGGGGCCGGGCUUGCAGGAGGAUACGGUGGUGCAGGAUUUCGGGGACGCCGGCGCUCUCCACCCCAGGGGCCACCUUCAGUCGUCCCCUGCCAGGCAGGAGCUGCAGCUGCUGCAGCAGCAGCAGCAACAAGCCCAGCCGGCAGGAUUGAACCCAGAAGCCGGCCAGGGCGCUCCGGCACAGUUUAACUACGGCAGCCCGGCGAAAGGCUCGCCGGCGGCGCAGAAGUUGAAGCUGCCGUACCAGGUCACCCCUUGCCGGGAGAGCGGCCCUAGCCAAGCGGAGAGGAGGCUAGAGGCGCUCACUCUGGAGCUGGAGAAGGAGCUGGAAAUGCACAUGAAAAAGGAGUAUUUUGGUAUCUGUAUUAAAUGUGGGAAGGGGGUGUAUGGAGCCAGUCAAGCCUGCCAGGCCAUGGGCAACCUGUACCACACCAACUGCUUCACCUGCUGCUCCUGCGGGAGGAGAUUGAGGGGGAAGGCCUUCUACAACGUCAAUGGCAAAGUCUACUGCGAGGAAGAUUUCUUGUAUUCUGGUUUUCAGCAAACAGCAGACAAGUGCUUCGUGUGUGGCCACCUCAUCAUGGAAAUGAUCCUGCAGGCGCUGGGCAAGGCCUAUCAUCCUGGCUGCUUCCGCUGCGUGGUCUGUAACGAGUGUCUCGAUGGAGUCCCCUUCACCGUCGAUGUGGACAACAAUAUCUACUGUGUCAAAGACUACCACACGGUUUUUGCUCCGAAAUGUGCAUCCUGCAACCAGCCUAUUCUUCCUGCACAGGGCUCUGAGGAGACGAUUCGGGUGGUGUCGAUGGACAGGGAUUACCACGUAGAGUGCUAUCACUGUGAGGACUGCGGGCUCCAGCUGAACGACGAAGAAGGCCAUCGCUGCUACCCGCUGGAGGGCCACCUGCUGUGCCACGGCUGCCACAUCCGCAGGCUGAAGGUCCAAGCGCCAGCCCACCUGGCGCCCAGCUACCCCCUGCAUGUGACCGAGCUGUGAAGCGGGCGGGCAGAGCCGGGCGCCCAGGCCCCCUCCCGGGCCCAGAGAGCCAGAGCCGAGAGGGACGAAAAGGGAAAGCGAUGCCGGGCAUCACGUGGCGACGAGAAGAGUGCAAUGAGCUGCCUUGUCUCUCGGCGGGGGGGCCUCUGUGUCUGCCGGCACGCCGCGGAGGAAGCCUCGUCUCCUGGACUUCUAGAGAGGCACGGGGCGCUCUCACCGCCUUCGCUGCCGGGGAGGGGAGGCGAGGGGGCUGCAGAGAUUCUCCCUCGUUUUCCAGAUUUUAGUUUUUCUCUGAAUAACAGUGACCCACGUGCCACCCGAAAGGAUGUGACCGCCUUCGGGCUGCUAUCUGCGCUCGUGUGCUCUUCCAGCACGGUUCGGGGGCCUCACUUGAAGCCCACUCAUCGCCAGUCUGUAACAGGACGGGGAGUGGAGUGGAGUGGGGGGAGACUUUGUUUUUCCUAUUCCUUCAUGACUGAAGAUUUACGCCAUGAAGCAUAUGCUGCUUUUAUGUGUAAUCUUACUGUAUCUGAUGCACAACAUGGCUCCGGUUAGCCAUGCCCUGACAGCUGCCUUACAACUCUCGCCAAGAGGAACCGCUGUAACUUCAAAGUAGCCAUUGUUCAGGAGUCUCGCUCUUGGAGACCUGCUUCUCAUUCCUUGUCUCUGUAGUACAUUGUAGUCCAGAUACUGUCCUACUGGCUAUGCAAGGGAACUGUACGUCUGUAUGUUACUGUGCAACAUUCCACUGUUUGUCGACUUGUGUUUUAUAAGAGGGCCACAGCCCUGCAUUGUGUUGCCUGUCCCGUUUAAUACGGGACAAUUGUAUUAAUUCCAGUUACCUUGACUUCAGCAAAACAGUGGUUUUAGCAUAUAUUAUCUAAAAGAUUUACAUGCAGUGUCUUAAUAAUGAUAUUGUAACAAGAGUUAGAUGUACAUAGACUGUACAAUUGUUUUUAUAUAUAUUUUGCAGAAACUCUUACAGAAUUCAAGUUAGGAAUCUAGAACCAUAGUUUUUUAUGUUGUUGCAGCACAAUUACUUAUUACAGCAGAGUCAGAGGCCAAAUGACGUGUAUUGAUGAGCUGUAAAUGUAACACAUAGUCUUAAUCUACUGUAUGUUAGCGGACAAGAGUUUUGCUUUUUUUUUAAUCCUAAGCCAUGUUAGGCUUCCUUAAAUUCCUGGGCAUUUUCUAUGGCAAUCUGCAGGCCUUGGAGACUAUUUGCUCACGUACAGUAUAAGUAUUUUCAAUGCACUGGUUUGUAACAGGAGAGAACCCAAAUUUACACAAGACUUGUGUCCUUCAAGGUUCCUCUUCCUUAAAUGGCACAAAGAUGGCUCUCGACGUCAGCAGUUUUGGAAUGUCCCUGUAUAAGACACACAGGAGACAUGAAUUGUAGUGCUCUACCUUGGCUGGGCCCUGAGGAUGUUCAGUAUUUAAUUUAAUAGUAAUCUAAUUUAUUAAUUCCUCCAAGACGUGUGUCGUAGAGUGGUGGGGCCCAGGCCGAUACUCCCUCCUGCUUUCAGUCCCCGUGUCUCCCGUGUCGCUUGUUCUCUUUCAUCCUCAAUCAGACCAUAAAUGUGGAUUCUGGCAAGCAACUCUUUUUGUGUCCAGUAAAAGGUUGUUUAUCUUGCGAGUGCUUCUCGGUACUACUGAAUUUUUGCAUUGAACUGCUACACCGAUUACAGGACCCUUUAGAAGGAAAGAAAGGUAAAGGAAAAAAAGCACUUUUAUUUCUGACUUCUCUAUAACAGAUUUCAUUUUCUUACUUGUUUUGUGUAAUUGGGGCCCACACUCGUCCACCAUGAUCGGCAGUUUAAAGCAUCAUCGCAUUUACAAAUCCAUGUUUUAUUUCUGCAUUAAUUAUAUAAAACCCCAGUAUUUAGGUCUCGUGGCCAUGAUUUUCAACAACAGACAAUUCAGUUUUACUUUUAUUCAAUUCGCAGCUGCCUAUUAAAGUUCAAGCAGUUUUGUUGAAAUCAUUUAAUUAAGCACACUUAAAACACAGCUAUGCCACUCUUCUUUUUAAAUGGUAUACUGAAAGGUAAAACUUAAGAUGUUGUGGUUGUUGUAAAAAGGCACAAUAUCCAAUUUUGUCUUAUCUGUCAAAAAUGUCUGUCUUCAAAUGCAGAACAGAAAAACAGAGACAUUUUUAUGAAGCAUUCCACUGCUAUUAAAGAAAAAUGGACCAAUUUUAACUACAGUAUAGGAAAUAUUUUGAUUCCCUAUUUGUAUAUCAUGUAACUAGUUUACCUGUACAGAAAUGUAAGUUAGCUUGUUUUACUGUACUGUCAAAAAAUACAUUUCAGACAAACAAAAUGUAGCUGUUUUCUCUCCUGUAAAGUAGUUCUCAAAAAAAAAAGACGUGUGACAAACUAUUUUGCUGUUCGGUGUUAUAUCCUAGAUGGCUCACAGAAAAGAGAGACGGGAAUUGUAGAUUUAUUUAUCUAAAUAUGAAAAAUCUAAAGUUAUUUAAUGUGUUAAAAGUCAGAAGUGUCAUUUAACCUUAGAUGAUAUAAUCUGCUUUUUUUUCAAUAAAGAGGUUUUGUAGUUAAA